UUUGGGCCAUGCCCCCAGCAGGGGGUGCACAAGAGGCAAACACAUUGAUGUUUCUUUCCCUCCUUUCCCCUCUCUCUAAAAAUAAAAUCUUUAAAUAAGGGUUUCAUAAAUGAUGAAUUGUUGUUAGUGCAAUUUUUUUCUUUUUUACCUCUUACAAGAUCACUUAGGAAUACUAAUUUAUCAGUACAACUUUGGGAAAAUAGGCAGUAUCUACUAAACUUGAACAUAAAAUGCCCUGUGGCCCAACACAGCACAUAUGUAAAUAGUAGCACUAGUUAUAAUAGCCAUAAACUGAAACUACCCACAUGCUCAGCAGCAGCAGAAGGGAUGAGUCAGUACAUCACACAGUGAAAUACCAGGAUGAACAAACUAUAAGACAGUGAUACAAGUGUAUCUCAAGCAUGUUGAGUGACAAGCCAGACAAACCACCAGGACACUACAAUUCCACUGCACAGUUAAAAAAGUUUUUGCUUUUAGCACUUUGGGUAAUGUUCACUUUUGAUGUGUGUGUGUGUGGUGGGGGUGGAGGUGGAUAGGAACUAGGAGGGAAGGACUGCUAGGGUGCUAGUAAUGUUUUGUAUCCUAAUCUGGGUGAUGUUAUGUGGGGGUGUGUUCAGUCUGAAAAUUCAGUGAGGUGGACAUUUGUCACUUUAUGAUAUACUUGAAGAUAAAAACUACACAUAAAUAACAUGGCAUUUGGGCCUGUGGAAUCAAGUUGUGUAUGGUACUGGAGAACGUUUAUAUUAGGGUGGUUCAUCAUUUGAAAAGUGAGCUCAGAUCAUUUUUACUCAGUGUUGUGGAGUUUGGGAAUUGGAUUUAUAGGAUCCAGUCCCACUUGGGGGAAAUGUUAUUACAAUUUGAGAGUAGAUGUAAAAUGCAGAUCAUAAUUAUUUGCUCACAGGCUUGCUGUAGGACAGAAUCACCAUCUUCACAGAAAUGCAAAUAGAAUGAAAUGGAACUUCAGCAAUACCCCCAAUUGCAAAGAACUAAUAACUGCCUCUUGAAAACAGACUAUGCAGCAGAACCGUGUAUUCCAUGAGGGCCAUAGAGGAAAGCUAUCCUUGCAGUAAGUUUAAGAUGCUUACAUGGCAUCUUAAGCAAAACUGGCAUCAGAAAAUUAGUGGCGUAACACAGAGGGAUCCAGCAGGCAUGUGACAAUAGUGCAGUAUUGCGGGUUGUGCAGUUUUGGAGACCGUGAGAAUCCCCUCACCUCCACUCCCGGCCUUCGGGUUGGCCAGGAAAAAAUGACCAACAGCGCUGGGCGCCUGAGAGCUCCUGGCCUGCAACGGCAGGGGAUAAGUGACAGAGCACCACAGCCGGCAAUUUUUACUCUAGCUCGCGAGUGUGAGGCUCUGAGGAGGACGCGAGCUGAUGGCGUCACCCAGUGACGUCAUGGUGGGGGGUCGGGUGUCGGUUUCCUUGACGACCAGCUCGCCGCCAGCAGAGGCGAGGAGAUGCUGGCGUGGCGGCCUCGCAAUUCCCUGCAGUCCUUGCAGCGCCAGGGUCGGGAGCUGAAGCAGCAGGUUGAUAGUUUGCUUUCUGAAAGUCGAUCGAAAGGAGCUCUAGAAUCCAGUAAAAGACGAGAUAUGUACCAAAGAUGUAUCCAAUUAAAACAGGCAAUUGAUGAAAAUAAAAAUGCUCUUCAAAAAUUAAACAAAGCUGAUGAACCUGCACCUGUCGGAAACUAUCAUCAGAAAAAGGAGGAGGAGCUCAAUCUCUUGGAUAAGCUGACUCACCAACUGCAGGAACUUGCCAUAUCCAUAAGUAGAGAAAAUAGAACCAAAAUUGAGGCACUUACUGAAAGAGAGGAAGAUGAUGAUUUUGCUGAAGAAGAUGAAGAAGAUAACGAUGAUGAUGAAGAGAGUGAAGAAAGUGAUGAGGAGGAAGAAGAAAUGGGAGAGGAAGAGAAACAAGAAAAUGAAUACAUUGCUGUUGGAGAUUUUACUGCUCAGCAGACUGGGGAUCUUACAUUUAAGAAAGGGGAAAUUCUCCAUAUAAUUGAAAGAAACCCUGAUGGUUGGUGGAUGGGUAAGAAUGCCGGAGGAAACAAAGGUCUCGUUCCCAGAACCUACUUGGAGCCCUGUCAUAAAGAAGGCCCAGGAUCAAGUGAAGAAGGCAGUGAAGGAGACGUGGCUUUGAGGGAUGAGACAGCAGAAGGAACAGAAGUUAAACAAAGAACUGAUUCUCAUUGGAGUACUGUUCGAAAAGCUCUCUCAGAGCAUGUUCAGCAGAUCAACACUGUUGAUGUGUUGACCACGAUGGGAGCCAUUCCUGCCGGGUUCAGGCCUUCCACGCUCUUCCAGCUUCUGGAGGAAGGGAAUCAAUUUCAAGCAAGUUACUUCUUACAGCCAGAGCUCACUCCUUCACAGCUGGCCUUCAGAGAUCUCAUGUGGGAUGCUAAGACAGGCACAAUUAGGUCAAGACCAAGCCGUGUUUCAUUGAUUCUGACCCUCUGGAGCUGCAAAAUGAUUCCUGUCCCCGGAGGGAGCAUCCAGGUUCUCAGCAGACACGUGCGCCUCUGUCUGUUCGAUGGUAGUAAGGUUCUAAGCAACAUUCAUACAGUCAGAGCCACAUGGCAACCUAAAAAGCCCAAAACAUGGACCUUUUCUCCCCAGGUUACCGGCACCUUGCCAUGCUUGCUUGAUGGUGAUUGUUUUAUCAGGUCCAAUUCUUCAUCUCCAGAUCUUGGAAUAUUAUUUGAACUUGGAAUUUCUUAUAUUCGCAAUUCAACUGGUGAAAGAGGAGAAUUAAGUUGUGGCUGGGUGUUUCUUAAACUUUUUGAUGCCAGUGGAAUUCCUAUUCCAGCAAAGACUUACGAGCUCUUCCUGAAUGGUGGCACCCCUGCUGAAAAAGGUGUAGAAGUGGACCCGUCAGUAUCCAGAAGAGCACCUGGGAGUGUUUUCUAUCAGAUGAUGACAAUGAGGAGGCAGCCGCAGCUUCUAGUAAAACUGAGGUCUUUGAACAGAAGAUCGAGAGACCUACUGAGCCUACUGCCGGAAACAUUAAUUGGAAGUAUGUGCUACAUUCAUUUGUUGAUAUUUUAUCGCCAAGUUCUUGGAGAUGUACUCCUGAAAGACAGGAUGAGCAUGCAAAGUGCUGAUUUAAUCAGUAAUCCCAUACUGGCUACCUUCCCCAAGCUCCUGGAGCAGCCUGACGUGAUGGAUGCACUCCGGAGUUCAUGGGCUGAGAAAGAAAGUACAUUAAAAAGAUCAGAGAAGAGAGACAGAGAAUUCCUGAAGGCUGUAUUUCUCCUGGUCUACCAUGACUGCGCAGUCCCCCUUCUCCACUCGACACUCCUGCCCCCAUUCAGGUGGGCAGAAGAAGAGACCGAGGCUGCGAGGUGGAAAGUCAUCACUGAUUUCCUGAAGCAAAACCAAGAAAACCAGGGCUCCCUCCAAGCUCUGCUGUCACCAGAGGGAGUCCAUGAACCUUUUGACAUUUCAGAGCAGACCUAUGACUUCCUGGAUGAAGUGAGAAGAAAGCAGCUUGAUGGUGGUGGCCACGACCGUCAGCUGCCCUGAAUGCAGGUGCAGAACCAGAGGUGCCUGCCACAUUGAACUCAGGCGUCGUCUUCUUUGUGCAGGCCACAUUCUGCAUGAAUGUCUAUACAAUAAAAUAAGUUUUAUAAGAAACACUUGUAUCUAAAUGUAAAGAGAAGUUUUUAAAAACCAAAUAAAUUUAAGUUGACUAUACCUAUAAAUUUAUAUAAAAGCAAUAUUUUAUUAAAAACUGAAUUUAUGAUUAUCAAAAAAAAAGAAAAUACAAUGCACAGAAUGGGAGAAGAUAUUUACAAAUCAUAUAUCAUGUAAGAGUCUAGUGUCCAGAAUAUGUAAAUGUAUGAUUAUUGCUAAUAGAAUUUAUGUUGUGAAAUGAAGGGGAAAUCAGCAUAAUCUAUUUGAGGAAGCUGUGUUGUUUAUCACUUAAAUAAGCCUAAUGUUUGAAUGUGAUUUAUUCUAAUUAGAUAUAAAGGAAGAAUAUCUAGUUUUGCUUUUUUGUAUCCAUAUAGUAGGAGCUCUUAAAAAAAGUUCAGGUAUUGAGAAAUGAGUUAACCCACCUUUGUGUCAAAAGAAUAUAAGUUUUGCAGCCUGACUGCUAUGGCUUGGUUCGUUGGGUGUUGCUCUGCAAAGCAAAGUGUUGCCGAUUCGAUUCCCUGUCAGGACACUUGCCUGGGUUGUAGGUUUGGUCCCCGGUCAGGGCAUGUGCGAGUGGCAACCAAUUGAUAAUUCUCUUAUGUCAUCAUUUCUCUCCCUCUGUUUCUUUUUCCCCCCUCUAAAAAUAAAUAAACAAAAUCUUAUAAAAGAAUAUAUCUUUUGCUGCCUUUCAGAUAGACCUGUGAAUCCUCAACCAAGGGUAUACUUUUUUAUUUCAGAGAGGGAGGAAGAG